CCAGGUGUUCCCCUUCCUCCUCUUUCCUUUUCUAUCUCAACACCUUCAACAAUUCAACACCAAAUUCCCUACACGUUUCUCCCUUUUCAGCUUUCAAUCACCCACCGGAAUUAACAUCUCUCAUUGGAAAACCAAACCAUGGAGACGGAAGUCCAUACCAAUUACUCCUACAUGGGACGGAAAUUCAGUAACAUCAGCCUUUCAAACGACGAUUCCGCCGCUUUCAGCGAUUGUAACAGUGACCGAUCAGGUGAGUUCCCGACCACGUCGGCGACCAGGCGUCUUCUCCUCGCUUGUGCUACUGAAUCGUCGGAUGAUCUAAUUCAACAGCUGGUCUCCGAUCUAGAUUCGGAUUCGAUUGAAGAUCAGAAGCAAGCAGCGAUGGAGCUCCGGUUGCUCGCGAAGAAUAAACCGGAAAACCGAGUUAAGAUAGCGAGAGCCGGAGCAAUCAGGCCGUUGAUUUCGUUAAUCUCGUCUGCUGAUCCUGAACUCCAAGAGCACGGUGUUACAGCGAUUUUGAAUUUGUCGCUGUGCGAUGAGAACAAAGAGGUUCUAGCGGCGUCCGGAGCAAUCAGGCCGUUAGUUAGAGCGUUGAAGGUUGGAACACCGACGGGGAAGGAAAACGCGGCGUGCGCUCUUCUACGGUUAUCUCAAUUAGAAGAAAACAAAGCGGCAAUCGGUCGAUCAGGAGCGAUUCCUUUGCUAGUUGACCUACUGGAAACCGGAAACUUCCGAGGGCAGAAGGACGCAUCAACGGCGUUGUAUUCGUUGUGUUCGUUGAAAGAAAACAAAGUUCGAGCUGUUCAGGCCGGGAUCAUGAAGCCGUUGGUUGAAUUAAUGGCGGAUUUCGAGUCAAACAUGGUCGAUAAAGCCGCAUUUGUGAUGAGCGUUUUGACACCAUUGAAGGAGGCUAGGGCGGCGUUGGUGGAGGAAGGAGGUAUUCCGGUGCUGGUGGAGAUCAUAGAGAUCGGAUCUCAGCGGCAGAAGGAGAUAGCGGUGGUGAUUCUGUUGCAGAUUUGUGAUGAUAGUGUGGUCUACCGUACUAUGGUGGCCCGCGAAGGAGCCAUUCCUCCCCUCGUCGCCUUGUCACAAUCUGGUACAAAGCGCGCUAAACAAAAGGCGGAAACACUUAUUGAGCUUCUUCGGCGACCAAGAUCCGGCAACGCUGCUGCCAGCUCGGAUUAAUCAGAAUGAGAUGUUCCACGUCAGCAAAAGGACAAAAACAUUAAGACAAACAUGUUUUCCAAAAUUAUAUUUUAGAAAAAGAAGGAAAGGAAGGAAGAGUUUUUUUUUUUGGUCGGAUUUGUAAAUAUUUAAUGUUUGCCGCUACCCUUGUAAAUUGGUGAACGAAAUACCUGUAUCUCUCUGGCUUUUUUUCUUAAAUUUUGAAUGGAAUGCAACGUGUGUUCAACAAAAAGGGGAGAAUGGAAAAUGACUUAGAACGAC